UCGCGGGGCAGCUGGCGGAGAGUGUAGACGUGUGGAUUUAACGUGCUGGAAAAUGGAAGAGGGAGUUGCACUGGAUGACUUUUGCGGGUCUAAAUUCUGGGAUGCCAAUGUCACAUGGUACACAGACAACCCUGACUUCACACCAUGUUUCGAGCGCACAGUGUUGGUGUGGGUGCCCUGUUUCUUCCUAUGGGUCUUUACUCCCAUGGAAAUCUUCUAUAUAAAAAGCAGCCCAGAUAGGCUUGUCCCUUGGUCAUGGGUCAAUAUUUGUAAACUGAUUGGGUCAACCCUCUUAAUGACCGUUCAGUGCGUAGAUUUUUUCCAUGCCGUUUAUAGUAAUGCAAAUGAAGUGGAAGUUUAUGGUGUGGACUAUGCAGCUCCAGCAAUAAUUUUCUUUACAAUUCUACUUCAAGUGGUUCUUAUCAUGAUGGAGAAGAAACGAGGAAUACAAAGCUCAGGCGUAAUCUUCAUGUUCUGGCUACUUCUGGUUAUAUGUGGGAUUCCAGAGUACCGCACAUACUUCCUUAAUAUCUUAAGUGAGGAAACUAAAGACGAUGUUAAUACAUUCCGCUUUGUGACUUACAUGGUGUACUUCCCACUUACGGUUGUAAUGUUGGUCCUCAAUUGCUUUGGGGAUGCGACACCUGAGUAUGUGGAUUUCGAUAGAGGCGAGAAACCUUGUCCAGAAGUUGGAUCCUCUUUUUUCAACCGAAUCUUGUUUGCCUGGAUGGACUCCUUGAUUUGGAAAGGCUACAGAAGACCUCUAGAGUUGAAAGACCUUUGGAGUCUCACCUAUGAAAAUGCAUCUCGCACCAUUGUGAAGAGGUGGAACAAGAACUGGAGGAAGUCGGUUGCAAAAAAAGAAAAGAAAGCUGAGAGACAGGCAUGGGCAUCUACCAACAACUCUACUGAGGUGGAGUUGAAAGGAGUAGGAAAAGACAAGAAGGAAUACGUUUCCAUCCUUCCCACUAUGAUACGCACCUUUGGUCCUACAUUCCUUUUUGGAGCAUCACUGAAGUUAUUCCAUGACUGUUUGCAGUUUGUAAGCCCACAAAUCCUCAGUGCCUUGAUCACCUUCACCGAAUCUGAAGAUGAACCAGUAUGGAAAGGGUACAUGUAUGCUGUACUCAUGAUUGUGUGUGCACAGAUCCAAUCUCUUGUGCUUGGACAGUAUUUUAUGAAAAUGUUCUUGGCUGGUUUAAGAAUCAGAACAGGUGUAAUCUCUGCAGUAUACAGAAAGGCCCUACGCAUUUCCAGCUCUGCAAGAAAGGAGUCUACUGUUGGAGAGAUUGUCAAUUUGAUGUCCGUUGAUGCCCAGCGAUUCAUGGAUCUAACUUCAUACAUCAACAUGCUGUGGUCUGCACCACUGCAAAUUGCUUUGGCACUUUAUUUCCUCUGGGGUCUUCUAGGACCAUCUGUACUUGCUGGUCUGGCUGUUAUGAUAGUGUUGAUUCCUGUGAAUGGUUUUAUUGCUAAUAAGACCAAGCAGUUCCAGAUCAGUCAGAUGAAGAACAAGGAUCACCGAGUGAAGCUCAUGAAUGAGAUCUUGAAUGGCAUUAAGGUUUUGAAGUUGUAUGCAUGGGAACCCUCCUUUGAGGAGCAGGUCCUGGGAGUUCGCAACUUGGAGAUUAAAGUGCUGAAGAAAUCGGCAUACCUCAAUGCAGGUACUUCCUUCAUUUGGACCUGCACGCCUUUCCUGGUGUCCUUGGCCACCUUUGCAACCUAUGUUCAAAUUUCGCCCGAAAACAUUCUGGAUGCUAAAACUGCUUUUGUAUCCAUAUCUUUGUUCAACCUCCUACGUUUCCCCAUCUCCAUGUUGCCAAUGAUUAUCACCAGUUUAGUGCAGGCGAAUGUUUCACUGACAAGAUUAAACAAGUUCUUGAAUGCUGAUGAACUAGACCCAGAUGCUGUGACUAAGGAUAAGAAUAUAAAGAAGCCUAUUACCAUAGAGAAUGGUACCUUUGCUUGGGGUCACGAUGAGGAAGACGGCAAACCAGUAUUGCACAACCUUGAUAUGGAAGUUGAAGAAGGAUCACUGGUUGCCGUUGUAGGAAGUGUAGGGGCUGGCAAGUCAUCGCUCUGCUCGGCCAUUCUUGGAGAAAUGGAAAAGCAGACAGGAAGAGUCAAUGUUAAUGGAAACAUUGCCUACGUCGCUCAACAAGCUUGGAUCCAGAAUGCGACUUUAGAAGACAACAUCUUAUUCAACAACAAGAAGGAUGAAGACAGAUACUCUAGUUGUGUCCGAGCAUGUGCACUGCAAUCUGACUUGGACAUGUUGCCUGGUGGAGAUCAAACAGAAAUUGGAGAAAAGGGUAUCAACUUGAGUGGUGGACAGAAGCAGCGAGUGAGCUUGGCCAGAGCAGUUUAUUCUGAUGCAGACAUUUACCUCCUAGAUGAUCCCCUUAGUGCGGUUGAUUCCCAUGUUGGAAAGCACAUUUUUGAGAAUGUCAUUGGACCAGAGGGAGUUCUGAAGGGAAAAACUCGCAUUUUGGUGACCCAUGGCCUAACAUACUUACCAAAAGUUGAGAAAAUUAUUGUGCUCAAGAAUGGUACGAUCACAGAGCAAGGUUCAUAUAAGGAGUUGAUUGAAAAGAAAGGAGAAUUCCAAGAAUUUCUGCUGCAGUAUUUGUCAGAAGAAAAUGAAGAUGAAGAAGACCUGGAAGAAUUGGAAGACAUUAAGAUGCAGUUGGAGAGCACACUUGGCAAGCAAGGUUUACAACGGCAGAUAUCUCGGACGAAGCGCGAGAGCGAGAGUGACAGCAUAGGAAAUGAUGCACUUGGGGAACACAGAGGCAGCAUCCGUCACAGAACCAAAAAGACAAGCGAAUCUGAAAAGACCAAGCCAGCUGCUGCUGCUGCUCCUCAGAAACUGGAUGCUAAAGUUGGACAGAAGCUUAUUGAGAAAGAGAAGGCAGAAACUGGCAAGGUUCAGCUAUCUGUGUAUGGAUACUACGUCAGGGCCAUCGGCAUCAUGUCAACCUGCUUGACUGUAUUGUUUUAUAUCCUCUCCCAAGCAUGCACAGUAGGCUCAAAUGUGUGGCUUACAGCGUGGUCGUCUGAAUCGGCACUCCAGAACGAGACGGGUCAGGAUCCGGCUGUGAGAGACAAAUACUUAGGUGUUUACGGCGCUCUUGGGGUUGGGCAAGCAUUGUUCAUCUUGGGUGGAGCAUUUUCCUUGUCAUUCGGUGCUCUUGAUGCAGCAGAAGGACUACACACAAAUAUUUUGAAGAAUGUCCUGCGUCUGCCAAUGUCCUUCUUUGAUACAAACCCAGUAGGGCGCAUGAUUAAUCGAUUUGGCAAGGAUGUUGACACAAUGGACAAUAUUUUGCCUUGGAGCAUACGAUCCUGGCUCAUGUGCCUGUUUCAGGUGAUUGCAACCUUUGUGGCCAUCAUUUAUGCAACUCCAGUGUUUGCUGUGGUUAUGCUGCCAACUAUGAUUAUAUACUACUUUGUGCAGGGACUUUACGUGUCAACCUCAAGACAGCUGAAACGUAUUGAGUCAGUGUCUCGUUCUCCGAUUUACUCGCACUUCCAAGAGACUAUACAAGGUGCCAGCACAAUCCGCGCCUUUGGCAGAUCUCACCAGUUUAUGCUGGAAUCUGAGAAGAAAGUUGACACAAAUCAAAUCAGCUCCUUCCCGAGUGUCAUGGCUAACCGAUGGUUGGCAAUUCGUCUCGAAUUCAUUGGUAACAUCCUGACCUUCUUUGCUGCGCUGUUUGCCGUGCUUGGCCGAGAUACCAUAACUGGUGGACUCGUUGGUCUCUCAGUCAGCUACGCAUUGUCUGUAACACAAACCCUGAACUGGUUAGUAAGAAUGACGUCAGAUGUAGAGACGAAUAUUGUGGCUGUAGAACGUAUCAAAGAAUACACUGAAACCACCCAAGAAGCAGAAUGGGAAAUUCCUGCGAAAAAGCCACAGAAAGACUGGCCAGAGCGAGGGGUGGUCAAGUUCAAUAAAUAUUCCACCAGAUACCGAGAAGGUCUCGAUUUAGUUGUGAAAAAUAUCGAUUGCGAAAUAUCUGGAGGAGAGAAGAUUGGUAUUGUUGGUCGAACUGGUGCUGGGAAGUCUUCACUCACAUUGGCUCUUUUCCGAAUUAUUGAAGCUGCUGGUGGCGACAUCACAAUUGACGAUGUUGACAUUUCCAAAAUUGGUCUGCAUGAUGUAAGAAGAAGAUUGACAAUCAUCCCACAGGACCCUGUGCUGUUUAGUGGUACACUUCGCAUGAACUUGGAUCCCUUCAAUUUAUAUGACGAUGAGAAGAUCUGGUCAGCCCUGGAACAUUCUCACCUCAAGAGCUUUGUUUCAGGCCUCGGUGCUGGACUUCAGCAUGAAGUGUCUGAAGGGGGUGAAAACCUCAGUGUUGGCCAGAGGCAGCUUGUAUGUCUGGCCCGAGCUCUCCUCCGCAAAACGAGGGUGCUGGUCUUAGACGAGGCCACGGCAGCUGUUGAUUUGGAGACAGACGACCUCAUCCAGCAGACUAUCCGGCGGGAGUUUGCUGAUUGCACUGUGAUCACUAUUGCUCAUAGGCUGAACACUAUCAUGGACUCCUCUAGAGUUUUGGUCCUAGACAAAGGAGAGAUCCGAGAGUUUGACUCCCCAGAAAGCCUGUUAAAAGACAAGAAAUCAAUAUUCUAUUCAAUGGCCAAAGAUGCAGGUCUUGUAUAAUACAUUCUUCCUUAAUAUAUGGUACUUAAUUGUGUCAGCAUUUUAAUGAAAAUAGUGUGUCCAGUAAAGAACACCCUUCAGGUAUUUUAAUGUUCAUUAUUGUUUAUGUUCAUGAUUGUUGUGCAGAAACUAUUUUAUUUUGAGAGAUAAAAUACAUUUAUCAUGUUCUCAUAUUGUCUGUGAUUUAGUAUGUUACAGUUUGUACUCAUCAUAUGUACAAAUAUACUCUAAUUGUUUCAGUUACCUGUUUAUAUGAAAUAUUGUUUGUUAUAUUAAUGUCUCUUGCCGUUGGAAGUGAAAGUUUGUUUUAAACUUUUUGAUGUACAAUUAAACUGUGCAUUUUUCUGCAGUUUUAUUUCAUGUUUAGUGUUUUUAAGUUCUCUGUCAACUUAGUGUUAUUUAAAUUAUGAGUGAUUUUGUAGUUCUUGCUUGGUCAAGAAUUAGCGAACAUAAUUUCUUUAAUGUACAAGUAAGAAUAAAAGUGGAAGAUAU